UGAUAUGGAGCUUAUUUUUUCUUUCCUUCAAAGAAAGUUCAAAGCCAGUGUAUUAGCUUAAAAAGAAAGUCCAAUUAGAAACUUGGGUCGAAUUAUAGGAAAAUGGGUCAAUCUCAAAGUGAUACAUCCGCCAUUGAUGAGACCUCAAAGGAGAACACCAAUGCUCCGCCUUCUUCCAUGGAAUCUCUGAUUGCAGAGGCAGCAGCAUAUGGUGAUGAUGAGAACGAGUCUAUUGAUGCAAAAGCUCAAAAGGCUUUGGAAUGCCCUUGUAUAGCUGACCUGCGAAAAGGUUCAUGUGGGAGUCAGUUCUCCGAGGCAUUCCUUUGUUUUCUCAAGAGCACUGCUGAAGAAAAGGGCUCAGACUGUGUGAAUCCAUUUUUGGCAUUGCAAAGUUGUAUAAAAUCCAAUCCAGAUGCAUUUCCGAAGGACAUCACGGGAGAUGAUCAAGUCAAGGAGGAAGAGUCUUCUGCUAAUUACAGUAUACUUCCACCAAAAUGGGCUUUGGAAUCACAAAGUCCUAAACCAAGACUUUAGUGUUUAGACCUUAGCUAGAAACCCCACCCCUCUCAGAAAAGAAAGAAAAAGAAAAAAAAUUCCCUCAAUUUUGCAUCUGUAUUUUUCUGUGGUAUCUACGUACAACAAAGUUUAUCGAUCACACUCUUUGAAUAGGAAUCCAUUUUCUGAAA